AUGAAGAACUUGAAUGAGAGCUGGGAGGCCUACAAGCCAGAAAUUACACGUUUGUAUAUGGCAGAAGGAAAAUCCAAAAAGAAGGUCAUGCAAAUCAUGGAAUCAACCCAUGGAUUCGUUGCGUCAAAUUGGCAAUACGGAGCUCAAUUCGAGAAGUGGCGAUUCAAGAAAUAUCACGGCGGAAGAAGGGCCUGGAUCUAUAUACGAGAAAGGUGCAAAAAAGCACGAAUUGAAAAGAAACCCCAUCCCAAUGUAUCCAUCAAUGGGGUUUUCAAGUCGCCCAGAAGCGUUCAAAUUGGCAUCCGCCGGCAUGCGUACGAGUCAACGAUCCAGAGCCUCCAUUCAGCAUCUCUACCAUCGACACCAGAAGGAGUCGUUGUAUGCUCUCCAGAACCCGCUUGUUGGCCGGGACUACAGUGGCCCUCCGACCUUCCUUGGUUCACAUUUUCACGUCAACUCUCGAUUCUUGAUGUCAAAUUUGACCCGCCAACUUCCACUACCGAAGAGAGCUUGAAGUUCAAAUAUCUUGGCUGUGGAUAUGAUAUAUCUCACCGGACAUUAAUUCCUCUAACUCCAAGUCCUGCUAAUUUAAGUCAAGGACCCGACUCUCUCACGUUUGAAGGCUAUACCUCUCGAGUAGUUGAGACACUGAGAUGUUUCAUGCCAGAAGAGCAUGAAGGACAGCACGAAGCCACGGCACAGUCUCUACAAACCGAUUCUUCUUUCUUUGAACUUUCUAUUUCUCUCUACAUGUUCUCAAACGACAUUCCACUCAUAAAUUAUUCCAAAAAAAGCCUUCCCACCCCAUCUGACAACAGACGGAAUGAGUUCAUGGUUAUUCGCAAUAUUUUGCGAAAAGCCAAACUCGACGACGCAGAGAAUAUGAAAAGUCUUCUCGCUUCUCAAGACUUGACAACCGAAGUUAUUGCUCAUAAAAUCUUCAGAGCUUCGGUAGAGAUGCGGGACAACGAAAUGAUGCGCAUCAUGUUAGAAGCUGGAAUGUGGCCAGACGCACCACUUCUCAUUGACAAAUUUCAUGGCACCGCCCUGCAACAUAUAUCUGGAAUGCUUCCUCGCGAGGUUGCAUGUGGUCUGGCUAGAAUACUACUCUCACAUGGGGCAUCUACCGACCCCAAGAAUGCUGGAGAGCCUCCUCUUGCGAGAGCUAUCGACUCUGACAAUACCGCGUUAUUUAAUCUGCUGGUCGCCCAUGGAGCAAAACCCUCCCCACAGGCUCUCCGUAUGGCGGUCAGCCGCAAAAGUUGGGUGAAAAUCAUUAUCCCUUAUUUUCAGAUGCUUUAUGACGCCGGUGUAGACCUUAAAAGCACCACUGUCGAUGGAAAAACACUUCUUGGCAUCGCAAAAGACGAUGUACUCACCAAAUGGCUUGUCGAUCACGGCUGUGAUGUGAAUGCCCCACAAAUUUGCGAGCUACAAAACGACUCUUAUGAGUGGGUCAAUCAUAUUACCAGUCCACUCGGAAUUGCUGCGGCGGAUGGAAAAUUGGCAGUUAUGCGCGUCUUGCUGGAAGCUGGUGCCAAUAUAAAUUCACCUCCUGGGGCGAAUGUUUCUGUUUCUCCGUUGUUCCUGGCGGUGUAUAGCAGCGAAAUAAACUCGGUCCGGUUUCUUAUCCAGGCUGGGGCAAACAUCGAAUCCGCUGAUCAAUUCAAGAUGCUUCAUGAAGCCACGCGAAAGACACUGAUAGAACGAGCAUGGCAUAGACAAGACCUUUGUCUGGCACUCCUACGCUCAGGUGCAUAUGCCAGUUCCAACGAGAAAAUGAAUAUACUUCAUUUUCCCAUGAUAAUGGCUGUUAGAGCUCGUGAUUCAACUCUGGCGCGUGACUUGCUCUCUCUUGGUGCACCGAUCAACCCUUUUGACAGAAGAUCUUCAAUUACAGCUAUUGCCUUGGCAAUAAUGAAUGGAGAUAUUGAGAUGAUCUCAUUGUUAAAAGAUUCAGGUGCCUCAAUCGGUGGACUAGAGAUACCUUCAGUACAUGAUGUCCGGACGGCUGAAUACCUGGAAUCCGUAGGCUGGCUUCCUGAAAUCUUGUCAUGGAAUAGGGCUCAAAUUCUGGCCUCCGCUAUAGGACGAUAUGAUGAGACUCUCGUCUCUUUCCUUCUUCAAAAAGGGAAUCUCCUCCUUUGGAAUCUGGUUCUCUUGGGCUUGAUUCUUCUGUAUCUCAUCCUUUAA